AUGGAAUAUACAUUAAUACAAGCGAUACAAAUGCACCCUUGUCUUUUUGACAAAAGUGUUCCCAGUUAUAGGAACAAAUUGGCAAAAGAGAAAGCCUGGAAUUAUGUGGCGGCUGCCGCAGGUGCCUCCGUAGAGCAGUGCCAGAGUCGCUGGAGGUCUCUUCGAGACCGUUUUGUGAAAGAAAGCAGGAAGGCGCCUUCUGGAAGUGCUGCGAAGGACAUUGGUGGUUGGCAAUACAUGGAGGCGAUGGGAUUCUUGGCACGUCACGUUGCACCUCGACAGACUUUUGGUAAUACCACUUUCGACAGCGUGGGAAGUGUUUCGCCACAAACGGAGCAGCACAUUAUGUAUGAGUCGCAACCAAAUAGUACCUUUAUCGCUAGCGUGGAAACUUUUACGCCACAAACGGAGCAGUACGUUGUGUGUGACUCGCAACUCAUUUUUGAGCAGGAGGAGCCAUCGCAACCCGAGGUCGAUUUCGUUGCCCAAUCACCAACGCCAAUGCCAUUCUCUAGCGCUUGCAGUGAGGAAGGAGCAGCUUCUCGUACAAGUCGCCAGACAAAGAGAAAAAGAGAUGAAGAUCGUUUUGACACACUGUGUGGAGCUGUGAGUGAUUGGCUGCAGAAGUCGGAAAAAGCCCCUCAGCCAGUAAGCCGAAAUGCAGAGUUUUUAAAAGUUCUGGAUGGGUAUUUAUUGAAGUACCCUGAAGAACUUCAAGAUAGGUUUAAAAUAGAUAUUUUAAAUUUUGUGCACAGUGGCGGACAAAGCUUUUAA